AAUGAUAUUGUAUAUUGGACUCUAAUUACUGGUGCGGUAAUUAAAGGCUGUGGCCUUCAAGGUCACUUUUGGAAUAACGGAAUAUGGAAAAACAGGUAUUCAACCUUAAGUUUGCUGGGAAGCAAAUGCAAAGAUGUGCUGCACGAUGUAACAGAGAUGAAUUAGAUGCUAAAAACAAACUGAAGAUGGCCAUUAAAAAAGGAGAUACAGAAGGUGCCAGAAUUCAUGCAGAAAAUGCAAUCCGACACAAGCAUACUGCAACUAGCUAUCUUAGACUUGCUGCCCGAAUUGAUGCCCUUGUUUCCAGAGUUCAGUCUGCUAUCACAACGAAGAGCUUUACCAAGAGCAUUAUGACAGUCGUGGGAUGUAUGGAAGAUGCAGCAAAAUCCAUGGAUAUGGAAAAGGUUAGUAGUCUUAUGGAUAGAUUCGAAAUGGAAUUUGACAAUAUAGAUAUCCAGUCCAAGCUUGUGAGUUCAUCUCUAGCAAAUACAAUGUCUAUCUCAACUCCUGAAAACGAAGUUCAGGGACUAAUAAACCAAGUAGCAGACGAGGCUGGAAUUGAACUCAACCAGGAGCUCGACGGAGCAAAUCCAAGCUCUGUUUCAGUAGCACCAAUUUCAGCAGAAGAAGAAGACGGUCUGACUCAACGUUUAGCCAGACUUCGACAAUCAUAAAACAUGUUGUUCUUGUUAAGUUCUACCGCUAAUUUGUUAUCUUACUUGAUUUUUAUUUUAACUUGACUCCUACUCCUACUUUCAAGUCAAUAAUUUGUUGAUUUCUCGAACUGAUUUCAAGUUGUAAAAACUCGCAAACCUAGAAAUAUACUUCAUGGUUUGACAAUUAUGAACUAAAUUUCCUUUGGAAUGUACAGAAUAAUUCUAACUGAACUUGUCUUAAAGUACAGAUAGAAUUCUUUAUCAGUUAUUAGAUAUGCCGCUUACAAAAGGUGGUAGUUUGACAUAUAUUUAUCAUAUAAUAUCUAUUUCACCUACUUCAUUGCCUUAUAUUUUUAUGAAAUGUAGGUCGGGUGAUCUAUUGAUGUAAUGUUUUUAUUAUUGUUUCCUUUAGUUCCUAGAGGAACAUAGGGCUUUAACCGCACGUCUCCAUUGCGUUUGGUUCUCUGCCAACGUUUUCACCUAUCUCCACGUCUGCCCACAUGCUUUGAUCUCUUGACAUGGCCUCCUCCAUGUCACCCUCGCUUUGACGACCAAUUAACUCACCACUUCCUAUUCGGGUUCCACUCGAGCGAUGGC